AUGACGCAGUUUGACGCAAUCGUGAAUAUUCUGCGUCGAACUGCGUCUCUAGCACAGAGGGUCUGUGGUUCUAAUCAGCUCAGUGUUAUCUGUUAUGUCGACCAGUUUGAGCCUGUCCGUUACCGCUUCAAGGACUCUGACCCUGAUAACACAGCGGAGGAAUCGCCUGUGCCACAACGUCGUCAAGAUCCUCCAGGUGGCGCCACCAACCCUCUUCUGGUGAACGGGCAGGCCCAGAGUCUGCGCCAGGUGAACUACGAGCGGAUCCUGCUGAGCAAGCGGCGGGUGGUGAAGAUGCUGUGCGUGGUCGUCCUUGAAUACUUCCUGUGCUGGACGCCGCUGUUCCUCGUCAACACGUGGACGGUGAUGGACUACCUGAGUGCGCGGAGGAACGUGACUCUCCUCACCAAGGCGCUGGUCUUCCUCCUGGCCUACCUGUCCUCAUGCGUGCACCCCAUCACCUACUGUUUCAUGAACCGCCGCUUCAGGCAGAGCUUCCUCGAGAUGUUCGCGUGUUGUGGUCAGAGGAAAAGAACUCGGAUGCUGGACGAGACGUCAAAUAUGAAGUCAUCCAAACGAAGCCAACUUCGAACGACGAGUUCAACAACACUGAGAUUUUCGUCUUUAAGAAAAAUUUGA